CUCACUCUCUUUUGGGUGAUCAAUAAGAAUUAUAUAUACCAGAAAGAAAUCCAGUUCUGAAGAGUCAAAACUUCUCUUCCUCAAUCAAUUCAUCCAUAUCCCGCUCAUCUCUUUUCUUUCCCUUUCCCCUUCCCUUCCCUUUCUCUUUCUCAAUACCCCUCUACACUUCUUUACACGUCAAUCUACAAUUCAAUAUGGAGCAUUUAAAGAACACAUUUGCACAAUGCAAGAAAGAAGGAAGAUCCGCAUUGGUAACAUAUAUCACUGCCGGUUUUCCUCAAGCAGAUGAUACCGUUGAUAUUCUAUUAGGAAUGGAGGCUGGUGGCGCCGGUAAGUACUGACUACCCUUUCAAUUGACCUUUGGGAAACUAACAAAUCUUCCCAGACGUCAUCGAAUUAGGCAUUCCUUUCACAGAUCCCACGGCAGAUGGUCCCACGAUUCAAAAGGCGAACACCCAAGCUUUGAAAAAUGGUGUGACGGUCACUUCGGUUUUACAGAUGGUACGGGAUGCAAGAAAGAAGGGAUUAAGGGCACCAGUUCUUUUUAUGGGUUAUUACAACCCAUUUCUGAGUUAUGGAGAGGAAAGGUUAUUGAAGGACUGUCGGGAAGCUGGUGUCAAUGGCUUCAUUGUUUGCGAUCUUCCACCUGAAGAAGCUGUGAGCUUCAGGAAGUUUUGCACAACUGGAGGGUGAGCACUAUUGCAGCAGUGGCACGUGUGACAUUUGAAUACAUUGCUGACAAAAUUAUUAACUAGAUUAUCCUACGUUCCUCUCAUCGCUCCCUCAACCUCCGAAUCCCGAAUGAAGCUUCUUUGUAAGCUUGCGGACUCCUUCAUUUAUGUUGUUUCAAGAAUGGGUGUGACCGGAGCUACGGGAGGCUCAAUGGAUGCUGGUUUGGAAGGAUUGUUGAAGAGAGUCAAAGAAUAUUCAGGAAAUGUUCCAGCGGCUGUUGGUUUUGGCGUUAGCACAAGAGAACAUUUUUUGCAGGUCGCGAAAAUCGCAGAUGGAGUUGUUAUUGGCAGUCAAAUUAUCAACACCGUCAAUCAAGCACCUGCCGGAAAAAUCGCGAAAAGUGUGGAAGAGUACUGUGCAGCAGUUUGCGGCAGACGAGGUGCUCUGAACGAGGGUUUAACGAGGGAAGUUGGCAUGGCCGAGGCAAUAGAUGUUGCCGAGGAACCCAGCGGAGAAAAUGUCACCGUUGAUGCUGUCAUUAGAGACGAAGAUAGAUCGGGACCUGGUUUAGCAGAUCAGAUUGAAGCCUUGAACACGAAUGGUUCUCUGGAUCCGAAACUUUCGGCUCAAAAGUUCGGCGAAUUUGGUGGACAAUAUGUACCAGAGGCACUCAUGGACUGCUUGUCAGAGCUUGAAGCAGGAUUCAAUGCCAUCAAGGAUGACCCAGCAUUCUGGGAAGAAUACCGAACAUAUUACCCAUGGAUGGGACGACCAGGCCAAUUACACGAGGCUGAAAGACUCACCGAGUAUGCUGGCGGUGCCAGGAUCUGGUUAAAGAGAGAAGACCUGAACCACACUGGAAGUCAUAAGAUCAACAAUGCUCUGGGACAAAUCCUUCUCGCCCGACGAUUAGGGAAAACUGAGAUCAUCGCAGAGACUGGCGCAGGACAACACGGUGUGGCCACAGCGACAGUAUGCGCAAAGUUUGGUAUGAAAUGUACAAUUUAUAUGGGAGCAGUAAGUUCAAAUAAUCUCCUUUACUUGGCUUUUUUUCCGCUAAUCAAUUUUAUAGGAAGAUGUAAGAAGACAGGCUCUCAAUGUUUUCAGAAUUAAGCUUCUCGGUGCUUCAGUUGUCGCCGUCGAGGCUGGUUCGCGUACCCUUAGAGAUGCUGUCAACGAAGCUAUGCGUUCCUGGGUGGUCAAGCUUGAUACUACUCAUUACAUCAUUGGUUCGGCAAUUGGUCCUCAUCCAUUCCCAACCAUCGUUAGAACAUUCCAAUCCGUCAUUGGUAACGAGACUCGAGCCCAAAUGCUAGAGAAACGUGGUAAACUCCCUGAUGCUGUUGUUGCAUGUGUCGGAGGUGGUAGUAAUGCGGUUGGCAUGUUCUACCCGUUCUCGAAAGAUCCAAGUGUCAAAUUACUAGGUGUAGAAGCCGGUGGUGAUGGUUUAGACACAGAUCGUCAUUCCGCUACUCUGAGUGGUGGAACAAAGGGUGUUCUACAUGGUGUCCGCACAUAUGUUCUUCAGGACAAACAUGGACAAAUCUCGGACACUCAUUCCGUAUCUGCAGGUUUAGAUUACCCAGGUGUUGGACCAGAAUUAAGUAAUUGGAAAGAUAGUGAGCGUGCCAAAUUCAUCGCGGCAACAGAUGCCGAGGCAUUCAAGGGAUUCAGGUUGAUCAGUGAGAAAGAGGGUAUCAUACCGGCUUUGGAGACUGCGCAUGCCGUGUGGGGAGCAGUAGAAUUGGCAAAGACCAUGACCAAAGAUCAGGAUGUUGUCAUUUGUUUAAGUGGUAGAGGUGAUAAGGAUGUACAGAGUGUUGCAGAGGAAUUACCCAAGUUGGGUCCAACGAUUGGAUGGGAUUUGAGAUUUUAGACAAAAGUUGCAGAUUGGAAGAAUGGGGGGCGUUGCAAGGUUUUGUAAAUAUUGAGAUAUUCAUGAGCGUGGAUAGACGGUUAGACCGAAAAAGUACUCUUAUACAAUAAAUGCAAUUGAUGAUUG